AUGGCGGCAACCGCCAACAUCAACCCGACACCGCAGUCGGUGACAAGCCUCGUUUCUAAACUGGGCGAUGCUGAUCCCGACUUCCGAUUCAUGUCACUGAACGACCUUUUGCACUUGUUGAAUAUAGCCAAACCCGAUUUUCUCCAGCAUGACUACAAUACUGCAGCUCGAGCGGUUGAUAGUAUCAUCAAGACGCUCGAUGACCAGAACGGCGAGGUGCAGAAUAUGGCUAUUAAAUGUGUUGCCCCCCUUGUUGGCAAAGUCCCUAUGGCUAUUAUCGCGCCCAUGAUUGACAAACUAUCUUCAAUGGUACUGAAGAACUCGGUCGACAAUGCCGUCACCUCACUCGCCCUUCGAUCUGUCAUAAUAGCUCUCCCUCGCCCAGUUCCAGGAAUUUCCACAACUCCUGAUGUUCAACAAUCGUAUGACGCUAUUCGGCGAGUUCUUAUUCCUCGUCUUAUAGGGCCGAAUGCGGCCACUCCAAGGCGACAGACGACCGAUAUAUCAUUACCCUCGGUACCUGCGGGUAUGCUGCAGGGAGACGACGCCAGUCCAGAAACCGUUGACGUCUUGAUAGAAGUAGUGCGGUGCUUCGGGCCCCUUCUCCAGUCUGUCGAGGUUGAAGCAAUGCAACACGUUGUUAUGCAGCUUCUUGAGAGCAAUAGACAUUCUUCUGUCGUUAAGAAGCGGGCAGUCGUUGCCAUCUCUAUGCUUGCUGUCUACCUAGCGGAUGAGCACCUACGAGACGUUAUUCAAAGGCUGGCUUUCAGGCUUUCUGACCCUGGCACCGGUGAUGUUUCGCGACGUCUCUACAUUUCCAUUAUAGGAAGUAUGGCUCGUUCUAUUCCCAUUCGCUUUGGGCCGCACAUUGCCAGUACUGUACCACUUAUGCUCAAAGCACUCUCUGAAGAAGAGCUUCAAGAUCACCUGGAAAGGCUCAGUGACGGAGAAGAUAUUGGUAUCGAAUUUAAUGAAGUUCGGGAGGCAGCCCUGGUAUCAGUUGAGGCGUUUCUUGCUUCGUGUCCCCAAGAAAUGCGUCCGUUCACCGACGAUAUCAUUGCGGCCACACUCCGAUACCUCAAGUAUGACCCCAACUAUGCGGUUGACGAGGAAGACGACGAUGUUGAUAUGGAUGAGGAUGAAGACCAAGAGGAUGAAGAUGAUGGAUUUGAUGCCGAUGAUGGAUUUGAAGAUGACGACGAUGACGCCAGUUGGAAGGUCCGACGAUGUGCUGCCAAGGCCCUAUAUACCCUCAUAUCAACCCGUGGCAGCGGAGACCUCCUGGAUAAUGGCGUCUUGUAUAGCCAGGCGGCCCCUUCUCUCAUUAAGCGCAUCGAUGAACGCGAAGAAAAUGUCAGGCUGGAAGUUAUUUCGGCCUUAGCACUUCUUAUUCGUAAGACCGGCGAGGGCUUACAUGUGGCUAAUUUUUCCUUGGACGAUUUAGAUCCUCCUAUCGCAGCACCCGCGCCACUUAACCGCAAGCGUCGGAGACAGAGCAGCGCUGGAACUGCAACGACAGUUUCGCAGUUCAUGGCGGGCUCCGGUCUCACGUCACCGGUUCUGGAGAGGGUGCCUACUACUGGCCCUCGCGCGGACUUGGCACAACUUACACCUGGCAUAGUCAAGGCAUCCAUCAAGCAACUAAAAGGCAAAACUGUGCCUACAAAGCAGUCUAUUAUCAACCUUUUGGAUGACAUUGUAUUGGUGCAGCGAGGGGGCUUGGCUUCAUUCUUCCCAGAUCUUGUCGGCUCGGUUCUUGAUGCUGCAAAGUCCACUGGACACGGAGCCACAGUUUCAUCAUUGGCUUCUGCCGGGGGUUCUGCAUCUGCAACGCUUAGCACACUUCGUAUCGCAACAUUACGACUGAUUAGCGACAUCUCAAAGACGCACUCGUCGUCAGUCCUCCAGCCCUAUCUUACGAGUAUCGUUGCUGGAGUUAUUAAUGCAGUACAUGAUCGGUUUUACAAGAUUUCUAGUGAAGCCAUUAGAACUGCUGAAGAGCUUGUGAAGACCAUUACUCCUCCACGUUCCCGAAACUCGGGCUCUAAGUUCAAGGCCGAACUAGAAUCACUCUAUGAAGUCCUCAUGGACAAGGGCUCAGCAAACGAUGCUGAUGCUGAAGUUCGCCAACGAGCCAUUCAUGCACUAGGCGCUUUAAUCUCGAGGACUUUCGGCGAUGGCUCCAAUCUUUUGUCUGCAGAUAAGCGGAUGAAGGCUCUGAACAUCUUACGUGAAAGGUUGAAGAACGAAACUACUCGACUUGCUGCGGUGCGUGCUGUGGAUAAUGUGGCGGCAUUCGCAUCAAGCCCAGGUGAACUCGAGAGAGGUUGGAUCCAGGAUGUUGCACUUGAACUGUCAGCCCAACUUCGCAAAGCGAAUCGAUCUCUGCGGGGCUCAAGUGUUAAUGCUUUGAAACAUCUAAUCCUGUCAAAAGCCUCUCAGGGUCAACUUGAGAAGCAGACAGUUGAUGGCGUUGUUUCUGCAUUAAUGCCAGCCGUUACAAAUAGCGACACGCAUCUGCUUGGACCGGCUCUGGUUAUACUUGCCAGUUUAACACCGUCACAUGCCGAUGUCACAGUGUCUAAGGAUAUGGUUGCCGCUCUUUGCCAGCUCUUGAAGUCCCACUUUGCUGGGAUCGCUUUAGAUCAGCUCCUGGAGUUUGUGGCCAGGAUUGGUGAAAGUGGUGCCAGCCAGACGCUCAUGCAAGGGCUACUUAAGGAUGUUAGUAUCUCCGGUGACCCUUCCGUGGUUGGCAAAGUUAUCGGCACAUUGCUUGUCACAGGUGACACUUCAGCAGGGGUUUCUGUUGAUAGUUUCAUCUCUGAGCUGGAAAACAGCUCCAAGACUGGUGAUGAGGCUCGGGUUAGUCUUGCCCUCGCAGUCCUUGGAGAAACUGGCAUGCGACUCGGAUCAUCAUCACCAAUGAGACCAGACUUGUUCUUGCGCCAAUUUCAUUCAGAACCCGAUAAAGUAUCUCUUGCAGCCGCCAUUGCACUUGGUCGCGCUGGAUCAGGCAACGCCUCAGAGUUCCUGCCUGUUAUUUUGGAAAAUAUGCAAGCGGGAGGGAACACUCAGUAUCUUCUUAUCCAGUCUAUCAAGGAGAUCCUUCUAUCCAUUGCCGUCCAAUCUGUCGACAUACGAGAAUACGCCGUCCCUAUCUGGGAUCAAUUACGCAAGGCCUCAGAAACUGCCGACAACAGAGUUGUCUGUGCUGAAUGUGUAGGGCGGCUGGUGAUCCUUGACCCCAGCUCUUUUAUGACCAAGCUUCAGGCGUUACUCAAGGACACAUCAUCAGGCAUUCGAGGCAUGGCCGUGCAAGCCGUCCGCUACGCUCUCCCUGAGAGCGAUGAAGCAUUUGAUAAUGAGCUGAAGAACUAUCUGAUCGACAUGCUUCUGGUAAUGUUGCAAGAUACGGACACAGAAAUUCGGAGACUAGCCAUGUCAACCCUCAACUCUGCGGCACACAACAAGCCUGACCUUAUUCUGCCACAUCUUGGUGAGCUCAUGCCGUUUGUGCUGGGCGAAUCAAUAAUUAAACCUGAACUCGUCAAGGAGGUCAUGUUGGGCCCAUUCAAACAUACUGUGGAUGACGGUCUGGAAGUCCGAAAGAGCGCCUACGAGACUUUGUACGCCCUCAUGGAGACCGCGUUUACGCGGAUCAACAAUAUUGACUUUUAUGAUCGCGUUGUGGCCGGUUUAAAGGACGACAAUGACAUCCGACAGCUCUGCAAUCUCAUGGUCUCGAAACUCAUUGUCAUUGAUCCGGACGAGACAGCCCGGAGACUUGACUCUAUUGCUGAAGCAUAUCGAGGAGUAUUAUCUAUCAAACUCAAAGAUAAUGCUGUUAAACAAGAUGUUGAGAAGCAAGAAGAGGCUAACAAGAGUGUGCUGAGGGUCACAUUAUUACUUGGAGACAAGAUGAAGGCCAUGACUGGCAAUGCCGGUGCUGUUACUAGCAAUGCUGGGGCAGCUGGUAUAUGGACCUCAUACUGGGAAUGGGCAAACAAGGAAUUCGAGAAGCAGCUGAAGGGCUUGAGAGAGGAGAGCAAGGAGCUUCAGUCCCGAAUGGUGUAA